UGUAUGGAGUGUCCAGCAGGGUAUGUGCAGGGCAGCGCGGGCUCGACUUCGUGUACGGCGUGUCCUGCAGGCUCGUAUCAGAACACGACCGGGUCGUCUCAGUGUAUGGAGUGUCCAGCAGGGUAUGUGCAGGGCAGCGCGGGCUCGACUUCGUGUACGGCGUGUCCUGCAGGCUCGUAUCAGAACACGACCGGGUCGUCUCAGUGUAUGGAGUGUCCAGCAGGGUAUGUGCAGGGCAGCGCGGGCUCGACUUCGUGUACGGCGUGUCCUGCAGGCUCGUAUCAGAACACGACCGGGUCGUCUCAGUGUAUGGAGUGUCCAGCAGGGUAUGUGCAGGGCAGCGCGGGCUCGACUUCGUGUACGGCGUGUCCUGCAGGCUCGUAUCAGAACACGACCGGGUCGUCUCAGUGUAUGGAGUGUCCAGCAGGGUAUGUGCAGGGCAGCGCGGGCUCGACUUCGUGUACGGCGUGUCCUGCAGGCUCGUAUCAGAACACGACCGGGUCGUCUCAGUGUAUGGAGUGUCCAGCAGGGUAUGUGCAGGGCAGCGCGGGCUCGACUUCGUGUACGGCGUGUCCUGCAGGCUCGUAUCAGAACACGACCGGGUCGUCUCAGUGUAUGGAGUGUCCAGCAGGGUAUGUGCAGGGCAGCGCGGGCUCGACUUCGUGUACGGCGUGUCCUGCAGGCUCGUAUCAGGGCAGCGCGGGCUCGACUUCGUGUACGGCGUGUCCU